CCCAGGUGCAGUGGCCGUUGAAAUUGUAGGCGCUUUGGGUUUUGCUUGAGACCCGAGUUGAUUGUAGACAUCGCAGGUGUGGUAGAAUGGCUUCGCUUGCGGCGUUUAGAUGGUGGUUGCCCACCAGGUGCGAGAGCAUUCUGAGAUUCGGAACUUUGACUCUGGACCUUGUGGAUCAUAGUUGUGAACAUUCCUUUGAUAACGGCGAUAGAUCUUUUCAGAUGAUCUGGAGUAAUGGUAAGCUCAUCCUUCAGUGUCAAGUCCGUACCCUUAAAUUGCUUCAAAAUUUCGUUGCGCUAUGACACCAAAAUUGGUUGGAAUCUUCCAAAAUAUAGAUGAAUUGACCGGAAUUUACCAUUGAGAAUGUUACCUUGAUAUUCUUGUUCUCGUUGCGAUUCCUAGCCAACCAUAAAACAAGUGUAUCCAUUCUCGCAAUCCUAUCGGAGCACUCUCGUAACUGUUGCACCAUCACAGCUAUAUUUUCUGCUGAUAUUGCUGAUAUACUCGUUUGACCUGAUUUAGUCCCCCGACAUUCGCCAAUCGCUAUUUGGGCGUAAUUGCGUUUAAG